AUGACUUCCUCGCGAGAACUCAUGCAGUUUGACUGUCACGAGAAUUCACGUAGUUACGAAAAGUUUUUAAUCAGAACUGAUGGAAAAGAACGUCAAGAUGAAGAAGAAGGUUCUUCUUAUGGGUAAAAGUGGCUCAGGAAAAACGAGCAUGAGGUCGAUAAUAUUUGCAAACUACAUUGCAAGAGACACAAGAAGGCUUGGAGCGACAAUUGACGUGGAACAUUCUCAUGUUCGUUUUCUUGGAAAUUUGGUUCUCAAUCUUUGGGAUUGUGGAGGACAAGAGGCAUUUAUGGAGAAUUAUUUCACAAGUCAGAGGGACAACAUUUUUAGAAAUGUUGAAGUUCUAAUUUAUGUGUUUGAUGUGGAAAGUCGUGAACUUGAGAAAGAUAUGCACUAUUACCAGACUUGCCUAGAGGCCAUUCUUCAGAAUUCACCUGAUGCCAAGAUAUUUUGCCUUAUUCACAAAAUGGAUUUGGUACAAGAAGAUCAGAGAGAUGCAAUUUUUAGAGAGCGGGAAGAAGACCUCAAAAGGCUCUCAAAGCCACUGGAAUGUACAUGUUUCCGUACAUCAAUUUGGGAUGAAACUCUUUACAAGGCUUGGUCAUCCAUUGUCUAUCAGCUGAUACCAAAUGUGACACAACUGGAACAGAAUCUGGAGAACUUUGCUUCAAUCAUUGAAGCAGAUGAAGUCCUUUUGUUUGAGAGGGCCACAUUUCUGGUUAUUUCUUAUUGUCAACGCAAGUCCCAUAAGGAUGUACACAGAUUUGAAAAAAUUAGUAACAUUAUCAAACAGUUCAAGUUAAGCUGUAGUAAACUGCAUGCCCAUUUUCAGAGCAUGGAGGUGCGCAAUUCUACAUUUGCUGCAUUUAUUGAUGUCUUUACACCAAACACAUAUGUGAUGGUUAUCAUGUCUGACAACACAAUCCCAUCUGCUGCUACACAGAUUAAUAUUCGCAAUGCGAGGAAGCACUUUGAGAGGCUAGAAAAGGUUUCCAGUAAUGGGCAGCAUUCCCUGAAAGGAAGAUAGAUAAUAAAGAAUGAUGUACAUCUUGAAAAUAAACAAUAUAUAUCGCUAAAUCAGCCAGAGAUGUUGUAAAAUAUAACUAUUCCAUGUUAGGGGGAAUGGUUAGCUGUUUUGUAUCUUGUAUUAUGUAGUUGUAUUCCCUGUGAUUGCCAUGUUAUUGAUAAUAAUUAAUUACAUUUUUGUGCAAUGACAUACCUUCUGCUUAGGAAAUAGUGUCCCGCAUGGUGAUACGAUGAUAGUAUACUACUGAGCCAGAUAGUCAGUCAGAUGAUGAAAAUAAUAAUAAUGAAAAGGUUCAGUACAACUGAAAAAAGCCUUUAAGAGUCUCUUGGUUUGCCAUCCAUAAACAGAAAGAAGGAGCAUUAUAAGAACAAGAACAAGGAUGUAUUGAGCCAUGAUUAAUAAACCUUCAAGAGCAGGCCUGCAAGUCGAGUUCCAUUCUUUAUCAUUCUGAACAGUCUUGUCUGGUAAGGAUGAAGAUCACCGGCAGAACUUGUUCUUAAUUAACAGGUUGUGAGAGACUUUAAAUUGAUAUUUGCUCAGUUUUUCUUUAGCGUGGCUUAAUAUCCAUUGGAAAAAAUCAUGCUGUUCCUUACUCAUUAUUACUGGUUUAAAUAAUUUUUUGUGUUAAUUGUCAUUAUCAAUCCAAGUCUAUUCCACUUAAAUUAAUUUGCUUUCUACACAUAUGACCUGAUAUAUUUUUCUUAAAGGUGACUCAUGGAUUGCCAAAUGCCCGUGUGAUAGUCUAGUGUUACUUUAUUGAUGUAGGGCUAGCCUAUCUUUGAGGUAUUUGAAACCACUCCUGGAAAGAAACUGAGUAUGUUCAGAGUAAUGUGAGCUGGAGUUGAAAUUGAGUCUU